AUGUCCAGAGAACGGGAGCGUACGACUGGAUGUAUACUGCAGGAUUUCGCGCGCUGGGCUGGUAGUCCUGCACUAACACUUGUACAACUCCUGUGUUUUAUUGGUCUGGCUCUGCUCCACGAUGCUACCUACCAGCGUCUCGCAAUGCAUACCACCUUUCCCGAGACGGUCCCCGCAGCCAACAUGUCAGUUUAUAGCGCGACGGAGCUGGAAUUUAUGCUAUCACUUUCGCAAGCCAUUGUUUUCCUGGCCAACACCGUCGCUGUGAUUUGGCCCUUUACAGCGCACUUCCUCCUGCUGAUCCACGUCAUUCUAUCCCUGAUCCUCCUCUCUGUCUACGCAAAUUUUAAUCUCUGUGAGCGGGGUCUAGCGCAGCUGCCAUGUAACUGGCUUUUAAUGGUUUCUACAACUACGCUCGUCCUCUCCGACAUCGGAGUGUGCGCCUCAUUUUUCUCCAUUCUACGAACACAAGGAGACUUUCGUUGGUGCCGGCGUUACUUUCAAAUGCCCAAGCCCCAGAGGAACAGCGUCACAGCAACUGGCACCUGCUACACGUACCCCAUGCAUAGGUAUUGUCGCCAUGCGUUCCGUCGGAUGCGACAUCCCCAGACCGCAGAGGCGUCGACCUCCACCACCACCGCUGACCAGCCUGAUGUAUCUAGCUGA